CAAGUAUAAUUCAAAACAUUAAAAAGAAGAAAUCCAAACUAACCUCUAUUUGCUUGGGUUCGACAGUUCACAUUUCGGCUUUUAACAAAAUAUAAACAAUUCUGGUUGGUGAUUGUGGAAACUUUAUUUAAUUAAAAAUGUCUGGUGGAAUGUUAUACGGUGGAGAUGAAAUUGGUGCCUUAGUAUUCGACCCAGGACACCAUUCUUUAAGAGUAGGAUACGCUCAAGAAGACACCCCAAAAGCCGAAAUUCCAGCUAUCGUAGGCGUAGCACCUGAAGACGUGAAACUAGAACCUGAAGUUAAACCUGACGAUAGCAAUGUUUCCUCCAACACUGCUUCAAACAAGUAUUAUAUUGAUACAACAUAUCUCCAUGCCCCUAGACCAAACAUGGAACUGCAGAGUUACAUGAAAGAUGGCAUGAUCGAAGACUGGGACUUGUUUGAAAAAGUUAUGGACUAUUCAUAUAGUAAGAUUAUUCAAUCAGAAUCUCAAUUCCAUCCAGUCCUUUUCUCGGAAUCGCCUUGGAAUCAAAGACAAAAAAGGGAAAAACUGACAGAAAUAAUGUUUGAAAAAUAUAAAGUUCCUGCUUUUUUCUUGGUUAAAAAUGCUGCAUUGGCUGCAUUUGCCAAUGGCCGAGCUACAGCACUUGUCAUUGAUAGUGGUGCAACUCACACUACUGCCGUCCCAGUAUUAGAUGGUUACGUCAUAACCAACGCGGUCGUAAAAUCUCCACUAGGCGGCGACCUGCUGAUUCUCAGAGCCAGAGAAAUGUUGGAAAGUAUGGGUAUUGAUUUAACUCCAACACCACUAAUAGCUAGCAAAGAAAUCGGUCGCGAAAAGGAGAAACCUAAAUUCACCACAAAGAAGUUGCUGUUUCAACCUACCAAUUCUUGGACGACUUACAUGAUCAAAAGGACUGUUCAGGAUUUUCAACAGACAGUUUUGCAGGUCUCUGAGAAUCCGUAUGACGAGAGGUCAACGGCCAAUAUUCCUACAAUUCACUAUGAGUUUCCAACUGGAUACCAUCAAGAUUUUGGUUCAGAACGAUUUAAAUUAGCAGAAGGACUGUUCGAUCAUGCCAUGCUUGGGGCAGGUUAUAUAGCUGCAACCAGUGCAGGCAUGUGUGAUGUCGAUAUUAGACCUGCCCUAUACAGUUCAGUUGUACUAACUGGUGGUAAUUCAUUGGUACAGGGUUUCAGUGACAGACUAAGCAGAGACCUGUCUUCAAGAACGCCUGGUUCGAUGAGACUCAAGAUGAUAGCUGCCAAUGGUACGGUGGAACGUAGGUUUGGUGCUUGGGUUGGCGGAUCUAUUUUAGCUUCUAUCGGUACCUUCCAACAGAUGUGGGUGUCCAUGCAAGAGUACCAAGAAAUUGGUAAAACUCAGAUUGAUCGAAAGUGCCCUUAAGACAAAUAUUUUAAUUUUAAAAUUUGCUAUUUUUAUACUAGUGAAUAAGUA